CAUAAAAGACACUUAACUCGAGGACUGAGAGUGUUCGGUGUGUUUGGUUACUGCAGAUUGUUACUUAGUAGUGCACGCCCUCAGGGCACAAAAACGGUCAUCUUCCAGUAUUUCUCUGGUUCUCCUCAAGUAGACUGAAUGGAGCUUUCUUGUGGAUCUGUGAGAUAUGCAGAGGACAGGAGACCGUCCAGCUGCAAGUUUGUGGAGCUCCAUGUACUGUUUGUGCCAGCUGACCAGUGGAAUGUGAAGCUCAACAAAGUCCCCGCUGAAGCCACAGAGAGCUUCAUAUCAGCCGGCUUCAUCAGGGUUUAUCCUGAUGUCACCCUGAAAACUCUUAGGAGUGAGCUGGGCGCUCUCCUUGGUGCACAGAGGAGCGUCGACAAAUUCUCCUUCCUUAAAUGUGUGGGGCGCAGUCUGGCGCUGGUCAAAAGCAAACAGGAGCAAGAUCUGAAAGUGAAAACAUUUGCCCCACCUUAUGCCACACAGCCAGAACUUUACUUGCUGCCCACUGUGGAGAAUGACAGCAGUCUUUGCUCCCAGUCUCUCACCCCCGACACCAGCAGCAGCUCCCCACACCACCAGAUCUAUUACCACCCUCCCAGAAUGUGUAGCCGGGCAACAGGAACAAAGGAGUCCAUUAAAUUUCCUCAUAUCCCCCAGUGUUCCCAGCAGCCACCUCCCACCCUCCGGCUAGAAGAAGAGGAGGAGGAGGAGGAGGAAGAGGAAGAUGAGGAAGAUCAGGACGAUAGGAGUUACAGCUCUACAGAAGGAGGCGGAGAGAAUGAGGAGGAAGCUCUCUCCUCCAUCAGGAGAGCAGAGCAGGGGUGUUUUCAAGGGCAGAAGCAAAGGGCAUCACAAUUUAUUUUGCCAAAUAAAGGUGUUCAGCACUGUAAGGUUGAUUCAGCUCAGGUAAAGGAGUUGCCAGACAAAGAAGAAACCUGCAGAAAGCAGAAACAAUACCACAGAGGAAACAGUGCGGCCAGAUAUUCAGGAGUAGCCGAGUCCCUGGAGGACAGAGAUUCAGGCUUCUCCCAAACAGACGGGGUCGGGAAGUCCAAAGAAGGACACACACUGAAGUCCAUUAGGAACAAUCUAACAGCUGAGGUGACAGAGUGUCUAGCCUUGUCUCAGCCUACUAGAUGCGCCUCACCACGAUCAGGUUUAGACUUGGCUGCAGUCACCCAUGAAACAGCUGCUUCUCCAGUCCUUCACAAAAGCAGCGAAGAACUAAUCAGUGAACUCAAGCUGGUGCGGGAGGAGAGAAAGCAGCUGGAGAAGACACGACAGGAGCUGCUGAGAAAGGGGAAAGACUUGUUAGCCCAGAACAGACACCGCAGGAACCAAGCACGUGACAGCUGGAAAAAGAAAUAUUUUGAAACCAAGAAGGCCACAGCACCAUUGGAGGAGAACCUCAGAAACUUAAGGCAAGAACUGGAGACAUUUUACAACAAAAUCCUGCAUCAGCUCCAGGCCCGAGAUAACAGAGCAAAGCCAAGACAGCAAGGGAGCUCCUCGAUAAAGACUGAGCUCAUCAUUCAGAUAAUGACAGUGAGCCAUGAGAUUGACAACAUAAAGAGGAAGGUAGAAGAUGCCAAGAUGAAGCUGGUAACAGAGAUAAAGCUGAGGAAGCAAGCUGCCACUGAGCUGAGAGCCCUGAAGGCUGAGCUGGCUCAGAAGAAGAGUCAGUCAUCUCAUCCUGGCCUGAUGGGAAACACUGCACAGGACAGAAAAAAACAAGUCCAAAGCAGUGUCAACUAAGUCACAAUAAACUGCACAUGCCCCCUGUUAGUCUGGUUUCAUCAUUUCAGAACUGUAUGUUACUUUUGAUUAUUUUUGAUAUUUGAUGGAGACUAAUUUGUUUGCAUUGUUUUAUAACGUUGAUUUAUG